CCCCUGAGGAAGAAGCCUUGAAGACAACUGUCAGGGCUUAAAUGUACUUUUAAUUCAGUUCUUUAAAAAAAAAAAAAAAGGCCUACAUAUAUGAAAGUUGUAAUGCAUAGUUGAGUUUAUUUGACAUGGGCAAUGCACCAAACAACUAUUGGGCCAGAGAUGAUGCUGAGGGCCCCGGGGCCCUUAGCGACCUCUGCCUGGCUCAGGUGUGUCGCAGCCUGGACGCUCUGUGCAGCAGGCGAGCAGACGACUCCAUGUGCCUCAUCUGGGCCCCUCUCUUCCCACAGGAGAUGGCUGAUCAGUUACUGCACAAGAUGGCAACUAAAGGCAUACUGAAUGACACAACUGUUGGCAUUUUCCGAAACUCAGAAGAGCUCCGUCUUCGCCGUGCUUCCAUCCGCUUCUGUUCAGUGUCUGCAGAAGCUUUUCGCCUGGCCCUCUGCUCUCACCGGCUCCAGGAACUUGACGCCUCAUGGGUCUCUGGUGGCCUCACUGGAGCUAACAUAGUUUCAAGUCUGGCCUCAAACCCCGAGUGCAGAUCCAGCCUGCAGAGGCUGACCCUCUGUGGACUACAUCUGGACUGGGAGUCUCUGGGGGACGACGAACAUGCCGGUUUCAGCUCCCUGCGUGGCUUGAGGACGCUCAACCUUGCCAGCACAGACCUGAAGGAUGCUGUCCUUGAGGACAUCUGCACUCUCCCUCAGCUGGAGAGUCUGGACAUCUCUUGUAGUAGAGUAACACAGCUUACUGCUCUCCUUAUUUGCAAGAACACCCUGAAAUAUUUUAUCGCAUACCAGCUGCGGCAGCUGGACAUGUCGCCUGCCAGGCUGCUGUCCGUCCUCAGCCAGCUUCAUGCACUUAGGCAUCUGGACUUUUCAGAUGAUCAUUUAUCUGUGGAUGACAGUGACAGGAGGGACGGGGAUGAAACAGUUAGGCAGCUCCUGGAGGGGAGUCCCCAGGUCCUUCCUUCUCUUGUCUCUCUCGAUAUCUCUGGACGGAAGAGAGUCAUGGAAGCAGCACUCAGGGCAUUUGUGCAGGCCAGGAGUGGAUUGGUCUUCUUGGGCCUGUUAGCCACCGGGGCUAGCUCCUGUGAUGUCCUGUCCUCACAGAAGAACAUCAAAGUAACCGGAGAGGCUAAUGAGAACCAGUUGUGUGAGGCCCUGAGACGCUACAGAGACCGAGAGUGUUUCAUCCGAGAGGCCCUCGUCAGUCUCUACAAUCGAAUCACUGACAUCGACAAACCACGGCCAGAUAUGCUUAAGUUGGUGCUAAGUGGGAUGCAGAGCCACCCCAACUCCCUGCAUGUCCACCUGGUGGCGACAGCGUGUGUGUUCAACCUGACCACUCAGGACCUGGCUGAGGCCAUGCCUGUCAGCCUGAUCAACUGCACUGCCACCCAGCUGCUGCGCUCCAUGAAGACCUUCCCCCAUCACCAACAGGUGCAAAAGAACUGUCUGCUGGCAUUGUGCAGUGAAUACAUCCUCCAGGAUGUCCCUUUUGACAAGUAUUUAGCAGCCACGCUGGUGAUUAACUGGCUGAGUAGCCACGCGGACCCGACCCUCCAGAGGAUGGCUGUGGCUGUCAUCUCCAUUCUGGUGGCCAAGUUGUCCACAGAGGAGACCGCUCAGCUUGCAAAAGACGUCUUCAUUAUGAAGCAGCUGCUGGCGAUCGUGCAGCAGAAAGCCAUGGUGGGAGUGGUGGACUCCACUCUGAAGUUCGCCCUGAGUGCUCUCUGGAACCUGACGGAUGAGAUGCCCACUGCUGCUCGCAAUUUCAUCGAGUGCCAGGGCCUGGAGCUGUACGAGGAGGUUCUGGAGUCCUACUACACUGAACCUUCAAUUCAGCAGAAAGUGCUCGGCCUCCUGAAUAACUUAGCAGAGGUGGAGGAGUUAAAGUCUGACCUGAUGGAGGAGGAUCUGCUGGAGCACGUCCUCAGCCUGCUGCAGGACUCCCAGCUGGAGGUGGGGGUCCGCUACUUUGCAGCAGGGAUCCUGGCUCACCUUGCCUCCAGACCUGAGGCCUGGACCCUGGACGAUGAGCUCCGUGACACCAUACUGCAGAAGCUGCAUGCAUCCAUAAUGACAUGGACCCACGUGGAGAGAGAGAUGGUCUCUUACAGGUCAUUCAGUCCAUUUUUCCGAUUGCUGCAGACCUGUCAGCCAUCAGGGGUGCAGCUGUGGGCAGUCUGGGCCAUACAUCUGGUCUGUAGUCAAAACACUUCACAUUACAGGAGCAUGCUGGAGGAGGAGGGCGUGACUGAACUUCUUAAGGCUUUGGAUGCACAUCCCGACACACACAGUGACAUUAAAGUACUCGCAAACAGCAUCCUUCAGAUGGUAGAGCAACACCAGAGUCAUACAGGGCUCUUACACAAGCACAUAGAGCCGUGAAAGUCAUGACAGAAGUGAUUGAUUUAUUGUUUUUGAGUUGAGUCUAAAACAUGGUAUGGAGUAACAGACAGUUUAUUGAUCCUCUUGCAAUUACAGGUUGAUACAAAUGAACACUUAUAUGUUGUAUAGAAAGUAUGAACACUUGUAUAAAAUGUUUUUUUUGUCUUAUUUUGAACCGUUUAUUUAGCAUGAAAUCCUUUGGAAACUAGUGGAAAGAUAUUUAAGUCAAAACAAAUGUGUGCACUGUGUGCAAGUUAAUGUUCAAUCUGUAAAUGUUGGACCUUUACAUAGCAUACCUAAUAAACUGAAGCGUUUGUAUAAAUGUUGCAUAGAACCUCAACCUGACACUAGAGGGUGCUUUGGUUCUGUAGCUGCAGGGCUGUUUAACCCUAAAGAUCUGAUGUGUCACAUUUUCAAUAAUUUCAUGUGUAGAUUAGAGAUCCUACAUGAUAAGCAGCAAGAUACCAGAGCAGUUUAUGUCUGCUGUGUUUAUCUGUCUGUACUGAGGGCCUCAUUAUAAAUCAGUCAUGCACUAAAAUAAGUCAUCUCUCCUCUCCCUCUCUUGCUCUUGCUCUCUCUCCCUCUGGUACUCGAGAUGCUGAAUUCAUUAUAUUUUAUGUAACACAGCUGGAAGACAGAACUGCUCGUAGGCAUCCUCAGUCUAUUCUAAGUUGGUCUAUUAAUAAUUCCUUUUGAAAAGUGGAUUAACAACCUCACAUGAAUAUUUGAGUUGUACUGACGCGUUCAACUUUUAAGUGCUGUAUCCCCUUGAUUCACAUAUUUAUACCCCCUGAAUGAAUUCGAAGGGUUCUGACAGGAUAUGGCUUUUGCAUGCUUGAGGGAGCUGCAGAAUACUCCUUACAAAAGAGCUGUGUAAACUGAUCCGGGGUCAGCAUUUAACAACCGCUUCAACCCCUAAACACAUCUUACAGUGGCCGCCCUGUGGGAUUAAAGGUCAGGUGCUCUAUAGUGAGCAUGGUCUGAUGCUACCGUGAGAAGUUUAAGACAUGAGAAGUGUGGGAAAAUGCUAUCGCUUUCCAGAGGCUGUAGGUCAUCCAACAGCCUGCAUGGUGAAUUUGCAG